AUGGUGUAUUUUGGGGUGCACCCCAAGUUACUGGGGAACAUGUGCUUUGCCAAGAAGCACAAGAAGAGCUUGAAGAAGAUGCAGGCCAACAUUGCCAAGGCCAUGAGUGCAUGUGCUGAGAUUGUCAAGACUCUUGUGAAGCCCAAGGAGGUUAAGCCUAAGAUCGCAAGAGGCGGCAACUGUAACUUCAGUCGACUUGCCUGCAUUGCUCAUCCCAAGUUCAAGAAGCGUGUUUGUGCCCACAUCGCCAAGGGUCUCGGACUCUGCUGGCCAAAGUCCCAGGACAAGGCUCAAACCAAGGCCAAGGCACCUGAGGCUCCAGCUCAGGCUGCAAAAGAUGCCCAGACCCCCACCAAGGCUCCAGGGUAG